GGACUUCCUGUGGUGGGGUGAGGCACAGAAGGGAGAUUUCAGCUCAAGUUAUAGUGACAAGACGCGGAAGUGGAAUGGCUUUCUUCAUUUGAAAAGUCAGUCGGAGGGCGAAAACAAAGGGGUUGGAUGUGUCCACUGUCUGCCGGAUCAUUGAGCCACAGCUCCACUCUAGGUAGGCAGCGCCAUGCAAUUCUCCGGCUCUGCCAGGGCAGCAGAUGAGAACUUCGACUAUUUGUUCAAGAUCAUCCUCAUCGGGGACUCCAACGUGGGGAAGACCUGUGUGGUGCAGCAUUUCAAAUCGGGGGUCUACACGGAGACACAGCAGAACACGAUUGGGGUGGACUUCACUGUGCGCACCCUGGACAUCGACGGCAAGAAAGUGAAGAUGCAGGUGUGGGACACCGCAGGCCAGGAGCGCUUCCGGACCAUCACCCAGAGCUACUACCGCAGCGCCCACGCGGCCAUCAUCGCCUACGACCUCACCCGGCGGUCCACCUUUGAGUCCGUUCCUCACUGGAUUCACGAGAUUGAAAAAUACGGAGCUGCGAACCUGGUCAUUAUGCUGAUCGGGAACAAAUGUGACCUGUGGGAGAAACGGCAUGUUCUGUUCGAAGAUGCCUGCACGCUGGCUGAGAAAUACGGCCUCCUUGCAGUUUUGGAGACAUCAGCUAAGGAGUCCAAGAACAUAGACGAAGUCUUUGUGCUCAUGGCCAGGGAGCUGAUUGCCCGCAACAGCCUGCAGCUGUACGGCGACGGCGCCCUGAACCACCUGCCCCUGGACUCCAGUCCAGUCCUUAUGGCCCAGGUGCCAAAUGAAAAGACCCACUGCACUUGCUGAGUGUGUUCACCAGGCCAAUAGCACCCACGAGAGGCCAUCGCUAAGCCAAAUUGGCCGGGUCCUCUAGUGUCUGCUGAAUAGCAUUUCAGACCCAAGUGUAGACUUGCCACUAGUUCUCAAUCCUGGGUUCAGACCAGAGGCCACAACAGCUGACUCUGAGGCCAGGGGACACCACUGUCCUUUCUGAUUUGGCCUUGGACCUAAAGGCACAAGAUUAGGAGGACAAGGUUUGCUCCUUUUCAUCUCUCUUUUUUCUGUCUCCCCAACUCUUCAACUAUGUUUCCACUGAAUUUUGCUUCUCACUUGAAGACGAGGGUAGUGAGGAAAGAUCAAAGAGGGGCGAGGAUGCUUGGAACACUCCGGAACAGUUUAAAACAGCUCGGUCAUGGGAAGAUGAGAAAAAAGCCUGCAGUGAUAAACCAGAAUGCUGUUAACAUUUGCUUCCUGGCAGUCACACCUCAGGGUUUUAGUUUGGGGAGCAAAGCCUUUUGAUAUAAAGACCAUAAAUACCUCUUGCCAAAUGGUCAGGAGCCAUGUGAUGGAGAUAGAACUGGAUUUCACUUCAUUCUAGUUUGGGCUGAUGUGGGAGAUGUCUACAAUUCCUUUCUAAAACACCACAUUGGCUGCUGGAUCAGAAGGCAUUCCUGAAUAGAAAUUAAUUUGGCUCACAGAUGAAUAGCUAACCAAUACUGACCUCACAGUAUGGCCUGGGCGCACCACGUACCUGUAACCCACGGUGGUUUUUCAAAGUUCCCCAAUGGUUGUAGCUGAGCUGCGUCUUGCAGUCACAGUAAGAACCACAAAGGCCUGUCCACCACCACAUCGGCUCCAAAAAGGGAAAUGUUGCUGGGAGCUCUCCCCGGGCCCAGGUGAGUGCCCACAGGCAUUUCUCCUCGAUAGCGGCACAAUCGAUAGGCGGAGACCUUCACGUGUGGCUACUGAGUGCUUGAAGAGAGGCUGAGCAGGACAUGCCAUUAAUGGCUCACACCAAUUUCCCUUCAUUUCUCUGCACAUCAAUCUCAACCAACACUCUGAAAACCUCAUCAGCUUCUAGGGUUAUGCACUCAGGAUUACCUGGAAUUGAAAUGUUCCUACCAACAGGUUAGACAUGUGAGAACCAGGUCCUGCACACCAGGAACCUGUGAUUAACCACCUGGGCUUCUGGCGAAAUGAUGGGGCUGUGACGGAAACCCUCGAGGACUCAGAAAGGAGCAGCCUCACUGGAUUCGGGUGCCCAAAGGUCGGCUCCAAAGAGGCAAGGCUUUUCUGAAGCUGAGCAGUCUGGUUACCUGGCCUGGGAAGCCAGCUCAGGGAGGUUCCUCUCUGUAGCUGUGGUCUCAGAAAGCUACGUGUUAGCUCAAUUCUGGCAUUUUUCUCACACUCCCAAAGCUGUAUUAAGUUAUGUGAAAUUAAGUUACAAAAGAGAUAUUU